AUGUGCGAGACGAACUGUCAUGUUGUGAGCCCGAUAAAAAGUUUUGUGGCGGGUGGAUUUGGAGGCGCAUGCUGUAUUACAAUAGGUCACCCUUUCGACACUAUAAAGGUGAGGUUGCAGACAAUGCCGUAUGUCGAAGCAGGAGCAACGCCCCUGUACCAUGGAACUUUCGAUUGUAUUAAGAAAACUGUAGCUGCUGAUGGAAUUUCGGGUCUGUACAAGGGUAUGGGAGUACCUAUAGCUGGAGUUGCACCUGUUUUUGCCAUCUGCUUCUUUGGAUUUAAUUUAGGAAAACGAAUUUUUGCGGGGGAUCCAAUGCACCUGAAUGAAAUUCUGAUGGCUGGAAUGUUCUCUGGUGUUUUUACCACUGCAAUCUUGGGUCCAGGAGAGCGUAUUAAAUGCCUUUUACAGGUUCAGUCUAAUUCAUGUGGAUCUGUGAAGUACAAGGGACCGGCUGAUGCUUUCCGUCAGUUGUAUCGUGAAGGUGGAUUUCGGAGUAUUUUUAAGGGAACAGCUGCCACACUUUUACGAGAUGUUCCCGCAUCUGGAGUGUAUUUUCUCAGUUAUGAAUGGAUAAAGGAAAUACUGAAAAAUCCAUACUCGAAAAAUAAUGAGUUGGGUGUUGGGAAGACGCUAUUCGCUGGAGGAAUGGCAGGUGUCUUCAACUGGAUGGUGGCUAUUCCUCCUGAUGUCUUAAAAUCCCGUUUACAGAGUGCUCCUGAAGGUUCUUACCCAAAUGGUAUCCGGUCGGUAUUCUCUGAACUGAUUGCAAGAGAAGGUUUCUUUGCUCUUUAUCGAGGCGUGAUCCCUGUUAUGCUCCGUGCAUUUCCUGCGAAUGCUGCAUGCUUUCUUGGUUACGAAGUUGCUGUCAAAUUUUUGGACUACGCAUUUCCUAAUCUAUAA